AUGCAGGGCUUCAACAUGGGUAGAUACUACCCGCCUGACGCCUCCAACGCUCCCACCUUCAACACCUCGAACCCGCUCGGCUCUCGCGCAAAGAAAGGCGGCGCGCUCGUCGUCCGCUUCGAGCUCCCCUUCGCAGUAUGGUGCUCGCACUGCACACCCCCCGCCAUCGUCGGUCAAGGCGUACGCUUCAACGCCGAGAAGAAAAAAGCAGGAAACUACUACUCGACGCCGAUAUGGAGCUUCCGCAUGAAGCACACGGCGUGCGGCGGGUGGUGGGAGAUCCGCACGGAUCCGAAGAACGCGGAGGGGCGCAACGGCGGGAUUACGGAGAAGAGAAGCAGGGGAGGGGAGAUGAAGUUUUUGAGCGAGGAGGAGAGGGAGAAGAGGAGGACGGAUGCGUUUGCGCGGUUUGAGGGGAAGGUUGAGGAGAAGGGGGAGCAGAGGGGGCAUGCGGAGAGGAUAGAGGAGCUGUAUGAUAAGGCGGAGGUGUGGAGAGAUCCGUACGAUGUGAACGCUAAGCUGAGGCGGGAGUUUAGGGAGAAGAGGCGGGGGUGGAAGAAGGAAGAUAGGUUGAAGGAAGGGAUGCAGGAGAAGUUCAGCUUUGGAUAUGAGAUCGCGGAUGGGACAGAGACGGAUGAUAUGCGGGCAAAGUUGGUUGACUUUGGCGCAAGCACGCUGGAUGACGGCGUGGAGGAAGCUGUGAGAAAACCGCUGUUUACGAGCGUCAAGGCGGCAAUGACGGAGACGGUCUCGAAGAAGAAACUUAAAUCAGAGAUUGCGGCGGAGAAGAGCCGUCAGAACUUACAGCAAUCGCUUGCCGGGAACACGAGAGCCUCGAUCGAUCCCUUCCUGUCCGCGGAAGCGAAAAGUUCCACUAAGCUGAGCUUAGGGAUCAAGCGCAAACGGAACGAAGAUGGGUCCGAAGAUCAGAAAACGCAGUCGCCCGCAACGAAGUCAAUUAUAAUCGAUCAAUCAACAGAAGUCCCAACAAAAAGACCUACCUCAGCCGCUGCUCUGGUGGACUACGACUCAGACUAA